AUGCGAACCAGAAGCAGCAGCAGCAGCAGCAGCAGCAACAACAACAACAACAAGAACAACAGCAGCAGCAGCCUGACCUUCAAAAUGCCUCCCAUCAGACCUGCCUCUGAAAACUAUGACUUCGGCGGAAAUGUUAAUAGCGCCAGAGCUACCCAAGCCUUGAAAAGCCUCCUUCCAGCCGAUCUCGCACCUACCUCGUUUCACUGGGCACCUUCUACAGGUCCUGGAAAUAAGCCACAUCGGGGCUGGUGCUUCGUCGUGUUCGCCAGUCGGCCUGACUUCAGGCGUGCUGUGGCUGCAUGGAAUGGAAAGAGGGUCCUUGGCCGAGUGAUCAGAGCUCAAAUGGCCGAUCGGGGGAAUCGUCAUACUGGAUCUGCCACGACUCUCACGCCGCAGAUUCCUCCAGCCUUGACAACUGCGGCUACGGCUGCUCCUGAAUCCGCCACCCCGGCAGCUGGUGUGGAUGAUCAUGCGGUAUCAAGCGACGAGGAUGGUGGCGUAGGAUUGGAGGACUAA